AUGCCCUUAGGCAACGGCGCUCUUACACAAAAGACUCGAGGUCUGCCUCCUCAUCUUCUCGUGGACGAAGACCCGGUUCUGCGACCGAUUGCUGUGAAAUUAGCUGGACUCUUGUGCGCCAAGCAGCUCCAACAGAACCAUAUCGCCAAGAUCCAGUCCACUUUGUCACAGUGUCUGAUGGACCAGCCUUAUCAUCCACUUUACACGCAAAUCUGUCUGACAAAAGACUGGAAAGAACGUCGCUACACCCUUCGAGCCAUGCGCGAGUCCAAGCUACGUGACGGAUACGACUUUGUCAUGUCGCGCUCGCACCUCGUUGAUCCUUUUUCUUCUCAUUUCUCCGAGGAUCGAUUCGAGACCGAGCAAGGAGAUCUCUGCUGCGUUCGCUUCGAUAUAAUCCACUUCCCUGGCGUCGCUUCGCUCCAGCAAGUGUGCGAUGCGUUGGCGUUCUUCAUGACCAACAUGGAGAUCGUCAUCUCCGAGCAACUCGGCCAUGUUGUGCUUCGAGACGACUACGAUACCAUCGAGGACGAGGCUUUCCACAGUCGAUUCGCGCCGAGGAAUCGCAGUGGAGGGCAACGCCAUCUCGUUUUGUCACGUGUUUAA